UCCUAACGCAUUUUCCGAACACCCUGUAUAACGGGGGCACACACUGCAAUGUGAUUUAUAUCAAGUCGUUUUUAAACUUUUUAUAUGUAUCUACCAGUUGAUACGAUAGUUCAAUAAUUAAAGAAAAAUGUUUUGUAACGGUCUUAUCAAUCAUUAGAGUGUUCAGAUAAACUUGCACUAUUUCUACUUGUUACUUUUGAGGGUGUUAGUUAAUCAGAUUACACACUUUAUACAAUAAAUAGGUCUGUUACUUAGUGGCAAUUCAAACUUUUUAUUCUUCAACAUUUCUACUAUAUCCGUUUAAUUAAAAGUUGAAUUAAGUGGAAAAGAACAAAAUAAUAAUAAAAAUUAUAGAAGUAAAGGCUAACUGAAUUUACACCUGCAUAUUCAUUUUAGUUUACUUACCUAAAUGCAAGACGCUUUUAUAUAUUUCAAUUGAAAAAAAUGGAAGAUGCUUUGUACCAGUGGAAGUGAAUAGAGUGGACAUUUUUAUGCGACUGUACUAUGCCUUCUAAUCAGACAACUUAUUUUAAUAUCAUCGUUAAUUUAACUGUAGUAUAACGAAUUUCGAAAAGCCUGCAUAAUACAACUAUUUCACUUUCUAUAAAAAUAAUAAUUCAAUUCAAUAAUUCUCACACAACUCUUUUAACAAGUGCAUCAAAUAAUCUUAAUUAAACAAAAAAUAAGUACACUGUUUGCUGAUAACUGUCAAGUGUUUUUCAAAUGUUUGAAGUACUUUUAAGUGAUCUAUGGAUAGACAUAUAAAAGACCAGAUAGGCCAAAUUAUUUCAGUAUCGUUUAAGGGUUUAGAAUGGAGCUCCUAAGGACCCUGGUUUUAGUUGCUGCCCUUACCGGAGCAACGGUAUUUGCGGAUACAAACUUGGAUAUUCCGUACCCGUACAACUGUUCAACAAGGGUGACUUGCUCGAGCUUAAGACUAAGGCUGCCAAAUGAAAACGAGGAAUUCAAUGCGAAAUUUGUGAGCAAAGAUGAGUCACAGAUCUUCUUCAAUCUAACUAAUAAACGAGGUGAAGAGUUGGCUUUUACUCUAACUGCAGUUGAAAAUCAGCGUUUUCGCAUCAUAAUUGAAGAACAUGAUCGUCAUAGAUACAACCUGGAAUAUUCAUUGGAAAAGGAACCGAAUCUGAAACUAUUUAAAACAGUGACUCAUUUCGAAGGAUCUCUCCUAGCAGAGGACUAUGAAAACAACCAAGUUGUUGUUGAAUAUACACCUCUCACGAUUUCAUUCUAUCACGACGAAGUGUUGGAAACCGUUUUCGAGGGAAACCGAAUCAUUGUGGAAAAUACCGAAGAUAGUCAGGCAUUUACUUUUGCAGUUCAAUUUCCAGCAAGCCGUCGCCUGUUUGGGCUUCAUGAACAUGUUGACUACUUGAAACUCCGCCAUACUGCUGACUACAGCAUUGAUCCCUACAGACUACGGAACACCGAUUAUGGUGCUAUGGAAUACGUUUUAAAUACCACCAGGUCUAUGUAUGGAUCCAUUCCAGUAAUCUACGGUUUUGGGGACGUCACAUCAGGUAUUUUCCAUAACAAUGCCGCUGAGCAAUGGAUCGAAAUCAACAAUCAAACCAACAAUGCCUACUUUAUGGUCGAUGGUGGCAGACUUGAUCUCUUUGUUUUACUUGGUCCAUCACUUAAAGAAGUCGUAAGGCAAUAUAUUGACUUAACUGGAAAACCGCAUUUACCUCAGCUGUGGGCUUUGGGUUAUCAUCAAUGCAGAUGGGCUUACAAUACCACAGAAGAUGUAAUGGAAACUAUUAACAACUUCGACAAAUACGACUUUCCCCUUGAUGUAUUGUGGCUUGAUAUUGAAUACACUUCUGAACGUAAAUGGUUCACUUGGAAUGCCACAUCUUUCCCUGACCCAGUCGAGCUACUGGAGUGGGUCGACAGCCAAGCACACCGAAAACUUGUUCCCAUAUCUGACCCACACAUCAAAAUUGAUUUUGAGUAUAAUAUUUAUCGCGAACUUUUGGAAAAUGACUACUUUGUGUUAGACUCUGAGGGUCGAGCUCCUUUUGUUGGUGAAUGCUGGCCAGGAAACACUAGUUGGGUAGAUUAUUUCAAUCCAGCCGCCCGGGAGUACUACGGUAAAUUGCAUUUGUACAAAAACUUCCCUUCAACGCCAGCCUUAGGAGGAUUUUGGAAUGAUAUGAAUGAACCAACAUUGUUCGACAACCUGUACGAAAGAACGUUCCCGUUUGACCUUAUCCACUAUGGAGGAGUGAGGCAUCGAGAUGUACACAAUAUUUAUGGCAUGCUACAAACAAUGUCCACUCAUGCCGGUUUGAUCGAACGUGAUAAUGGUACUUUAAGACCGUUCAUCCUUUCCCGUGCUUACUUUGCUGGCUCACAAAGAUAUGCCAAUAAAUGGAGUGGUGACAACAUGGGCAGAUUUGACGAUUUGAGAUUUAGUAUACCAAUGGCUCUCACCUCUAACCUUGUUGGACUGGCUUUCUAUGGAGCUGACAUUCCCGGAUUCUUCGCAGGAGCUACUGAAGAACUUCUUAUCAGAUGGUAUGAGCUGGGUAUUUGGUUACCCUUCUUCAGGGCUCACGCUGCUAACGGAACUCCUCGCCGUGAACCGUUCUUAUUUGGAAACGAGACUCAGGAAAUAUUAAGAGAUCAUAUGAAAUUGCGUUAUAAACAUUUACCAUAUUGGUAUACCGUUUUCUACGAACACACUGUCACUGGUGAUCCAAUUGUUCGUGCGCUACUCUACCAAUAUCCUGAAGAUCCAGUAGGUUAUGAUCUGAAUGACGAAUUUUUAAUCGGUAGCGACAUUCUCGUUGCAUCUGUAUAUGAGUCUGAAGCCACAUCUGUUCAAGUUUACUUCCCAGAUAGCACGGACUUCUGGUAUCAGAUUACUGGCGAAGGUUACAAAUUCUUUGAAGGAUCAACAUGGGCUGAGAUCCCAGUUAACAUGACUUAUAUUCCCGUCUUCUACAGAUCUGGAAGUAUAAUUGUAAGAACAACGUCAACUGGACGAUCUUCAGCUUAUAACCGAGAGGCUUCACUUGAACUUCACGUUGUUCCCGACAGGGAAAACAAUGCUGUCACUAGACUGUACAUUGAUGACUAUGAAAGUUUUGACUAUGUAAAUCGCAAAGAAUUCUAUUAUGUUGAAUUAAAUUAUCAGUUUGAUGGAGAAGAUCAUCUGACCGUCACUGAUUUGGACGAAGAAUCCAUUCCCGGAGACGUAGAAUUUCCUUCAAUUGAUACUGUGCACAUUUACGAGAGGCGAGAUGAUGGAGUAACAGUGAAGACGUUGACCGAAGACCGCAAUGGCAACAAAUUGUCCGCAAUUAAUUUAUUCAAACAGAAAAAACUCCUUUAAAUGAGCUACAAAUAUUUACACAACUACACACAACACAAUUCUACACAACGACGCAAUACUAGUAAAUAAAUUUAUUUUUCAAGAA